ACAUCUGUUACUCCUCACUCCGAACGUGCCAAGCCACGAUCUGAUUCGCGCUAUCGACUCCAGUCGCCGGUAGUUUCCGUCAUACGCCUCGCUGCUCAGUAGAUGUACGUACGUCUCAUUUGGGAGUGGGAAGGAACGGACGACUUUAGCGAUGCCAGUACAGGCUUUGGUGAGAUUGGAGAUCGAUGGUUCCACGCUCAUCGUUGUGGUGCUCCCGGGUGCUAUAUAGAUACGUGUUCGAUAAAAAGUGUUCGUUCGGUGACAAAAAUCAUCGAAGUUGGUGUCCUCAUUCUCAGGUUAUAUACUUAAAUGCCUACGUCUCAUUGUUUGCUUGAAUCACCCAUUGUUGCGAUCACUUUGCACAAUUUUGUGUUGGUCAAAGAGGUGCGGAAAAGACUCUUCCUUUGCAGUGAGAUGAUGUUUCUGUCCCCAGAUUUCGCCCAGUCGUGCUACAACGUCACUUCCACCACUUCUGAUGCUACAAAGGAGCAAAAUCGAAGUCUUUGGAAACACCAAAAAUGUGGACGAACCCGGAGUCGAACCGGGAACCUUCUCCAACUUAGAUACAUCCAGGAAAGCAGAUGAAUGCUAAGAAGAUGUCAUACCGCUAGACCAUACGCCCUUCGUUAUACCGACGUACACCCGACCUCGAGUAUCGGAAUAUCUCUCAACCGCAAAGGACCGGUAAACGGCUCUAGAUUACAGCUGCGAAGGCGAGUGCUGGGAAAU